AUGCCCUCGGAAGACGAUGUCCAGAGUCAAAGUUCGGGGGAGAAUGAACGAGAAUAUGCCUCUGAUGCCUCCGAGAACGGCGAAAAUGGCGGUUUGAAUUUCGACGAUGAGCAGAUUCUGGGGGAUGACGAUGCUGACCUAUUUGGGUCUGGCUCAGAGGAGGAGCCUAAGGAACACAGGCGACGGGGACUUGAUGAUGAGGAACUGGAUUCGGGCGACGAUGAGGGCCGUUAUGACCGGCAGGGUUCUCCCAUGGAUGAGGAUGGAAUUUACUACCCAGAAUCGUUAAAUGUUAUGGACCUCAGUCUUAGCCGUGUGCCAGAGCCGGAAUCUACAGACGGAGAGGUGUAUACCUUGGCCAUGCCAAAUUUUCUGGCCAUUGAGUCCGAAGACUUCAACCCGGAAACAUAUGUUGCUCCACCCUUUAACUCUGCGUCGACAUCCCUAUGUUGGCGCUAUGAUCCAAAUGAUGGAGAGACACUUCAAUCUAAUGCUCGCGUCAUCCGCUGGUCAGACGGUUCUUUGACACUCCAGCUGGCAUCGAACCCAAAAGAGCAAUAUCGAAUGCCAUCCAAAAGGCUGGCUCGCCCUAACACCGUGCGCAAGACUGCUGAUUAUGACUCUGAGCUGGACUCACAUGCCUAUCUUGGAGCUGCGGCAGAAGCUUCAUCAGUAUUCCGUAUUACGUCACACCUUACUUCGUCUCUAAGUAUCCUUCCAACCACAGUCGAAACCGACGAUGCUGUUAAACGGCUAAAGGAAUCUCUGGAAGCUGCGUCGAGGGGUGCUAAACGGAAUGCUGAUGGCACUGUUACUGUGUUUGACGUUGCCGAAGACCCAGAGCUGGCAAAGAAACGAGCAGAGCUUGCAGAGCGUGAGAAAUUGCGAGCAGAUCGUAAGCGUCAAAUGGCUGCAGACCGUGAUCUUGACCGUGGAAGACGUGUGGGCAUCUCCUAUAGAACCGGAGGAGGUGGUCUUACCGUUGUUGGAUUGGAAGGCGAUGAUGAAAUGUUGACCACCAAAGCCCGUGGUGCGAAGAAACCUAAGCGGAGACCUAACCGUCGCGGGGAGAUCUACUCUGACGAGGAAGACGAAUAUGAUCGAAGAGGGCGAACCAGGGAAGAUGAGUAUGACAAAGACGAUGGCUUCCUGGUCGGUAGCGAUGAAGAGCCGGAAAUUGUGGAAGAUGACGAAGAGGAGGAAGAGGAAUUAGAAGACGAAGAUGCAGAUGCUGAGGGCGAAAUUGACGAAGAGCCACUGCAGAAGCCAUUGAAUCGAGAAACUACGCCAAAGAGGCCUCUAGAGGAAACGUUAGAGAAGAGUGCUGAUCCUGAAACCGGCUCGCCUCAUUCCAGGAAGAAAAAUCGAUAUGUCGUUGACGACGACGAAGAUGACGAGUAG